GAUUUUGUUAUACCAAAUUUUCAUGCCAGCUCAAACAAUUAGUUCCCACUACAAGGAAAGCAGAGGAAAUGAGCUAGAGUUACCUUUAUUUGAUAUCCAUACAAUAAGAACUGCUACCAAUAACUUUUCUGACGAUAAUAAACUUGGAGAAGGUGGAUUUGGCGCCGUUUACAAGGGUCAGUUGGAAGAUGGAGAAAAGAUUGCUGUCAAGAGGUUGUCCAAAGAUUCUGUGCAGGGCAUACAUGAAUUCACAAAUGAGGUGUUGCUGAUAGCCAAACUUCAGCACAGAAAUCUUGUUCGCCUUUUUGGCUGCUGCAUUGAAGGAGAGGAACGAUUGCUGGUGUACGAGUACUUGCAAAAUACAAGUUUGGACUACUUCAUAUUCGAUAGGAAAAGAAGGGCAUUUUUGAACUGGCAAAAGCGCCUCAACAUCAUCUUAGGAAUUGCUCGAGGACUUCUAUACCUUCACCAAGACUCUAGGUUGAAAAUUAUUCACAGAGAUUUGAAGGCCAGCAAUAUUCUUCUUGAUGAGGACCUGAACCCAAAAAUCUCAGACUUCGGCACUGCAAGAAUCUUUAAGGUUGACCAAAUUGAAGAGAAUACAAAAAGAGUUGUUGGGACAUAUGGAUAUAUGUCACCGGAGUAUGCAAUGGAUGGUAUCUUUUCAGUGAAAUCAGAUGUGUUCAGCUUUGGUGUUCUAGUGCUAGAAAUUUUAAGUGGUAAGAAGAAUAGAAUGAUCAAACAAGCAGAAGCUCAUGUUAACCUUUUAGGACAUGCAUGGAGACUAUGGACAAAAGGUAGAUGCUUGGAAAUACUUGAUGAAGCAGUGGGAUGCACAUACCCAGAGUCUAAAGUAUCGCAGUGUAUCCAAGUGGCUCUCUUGUGUGUGCAAGAAGGGAGUGAAGAUAGACCAACAAUGGCAGAGGUAGUGCUCAUGUUAGGAACUGAAAGUGCACAGCUACCUCAGCCUCAAAGGCCAGGCUUCUACACAGCAACUCCUUUAAUGGAAAGAGAUUGGUCUAGCAGCAAUAAAAUUACAGUUACAAUUGAAGGUCGAUAG